AUGACGCAAAUCGAGGAGUCGAGGAUAUGUGUCAAAAACUUGACGAAAAACUGCGAUGAAAAAUUUCUGCGCGAGUUCUUCAGCCGCUCUGGUGGGAAAAUAACAGACUGUAGGUUAUUGAAAAAUGAAGACGGUGUUUCGCGAAGAAUCGCAUUUAUUGGAUUUGCGCGGCCGGAGGAUGCACAACGCGCGCUCAACGAAUUAAACGGCGCCAAAGUCGGCGUCAACAAGAUCAAAGUCGAACUCGCGAAGGACUUCCGGGGCAAUGCCGGCAGCGCCAAAAAAGCUAGAAAAGAAAAGCCUAAAAAUGACAAGAAAGCCUUUAUUGAGGCAAAAGUUGACAAAGAUCUGGUUGACUCGGACGAUGAAGAGGACGCAAAAGAGGAGGAAAAGACGGAAGAUGUGGCGGAUACUGGAAGAUUGUUCCUUCGAAACUUGUCGUAUUUGUGCACCGAAACAGAUUUGAAAGGAAAAUGUUUUGAACCGUCUCAAGACUUGCUAUCAUCAUACGGAACUUUGACCGAGCUGGUUUUGCCGACAGAUGAAACGACAAAGAGACCAAAAGGAUUUGCAUUCGUCGAAUAUCAGAUGCCAGAAAACGCGGUUAGAGCAAUGGCCGAACUUGAUGGUUCUAGCUUUCAGGGGCGAAUUAUGCAUGUACUUCCUGGUAGAGAAGCAGUUGCGAAGAAGAAUUAUGUCCCGCGAACAGAUCCGAACUUGAACACAAGCUAUAAAAAAGAGAAAAUGGCAAAGAUGAAGGAAAAUGCAGACAAGGAAGACUUCUCCUGGAAUUCCUUGUUCGUCGGAGCGAACGCGGUCGCCGACGAAAUGAGCAAACGCUAUCAACUGAGCAAAGACCAAAUCAUGAAACGAGACGAUGUGGCAGUGCAACUGGCCCUUGGCGAAUCCCAAAUUGUUUCUGACAUAAGCGAGUACUUAAAAGAUCACGGAGUGAAGCUAGAUACUUUCAAAAAAGACGCCACACGAUCCGACAAGAUCAUCCUCGUCAAGAAUUUGCCCUCGGGGGCGUUGCCGACAGAGCUGCGCUUCAAGUUCGAGAAGUUCGGCGGCCUUGGGAGAAUUAUCAUGCCUCCGAGUGGCUUGGCAGCACUUGUAGAGUUCGAUGGAAACGAGAAAACGGUGAAAAAGCGACUUGUAACCAGCGCGUCUUCGAUGGAAAAUAGCGGAGCAAUGAUCUUCGUGAAAAAUGUCAACUUUGCGACAACUGAUGAAGGCCUGAAGGAACUGUUUGAGAAGAAGGUGGGCAAAGUAGCAGAGUGCUCGAUUUCAAAGCGUUUGGAACGAGGAAAGUACUUGUCGAUGGGAUACGGAUGGGUGAAAAUGGCCAGCCCCGAUUUGGCGAGCAAAGCAGUGAAAACGAUCCAGGGAAUUGAACUCGACGGCCACCGGAUCAACCUGAAAAUAUCUAAGAAAGAGGAAGAAAAACUUAACAAUCGUCAAGAAGCGAAAAACCAAGAUCAGCCAGAGGGCUCAUCUAAGAUCAUGGUCAGGAAUGUUCCUUUCCAAUGCCAAGUUCCCGAACUGGAGCAGCUGUUUUCGACCUUUGGCGAGUUGAAAUUCGUUCGAAUGCCGAAGAAUCCGACUGGAAAGCAUCGUGGUUUCGCCUUUGUCGAAUACAAAUUGGCAGCGGACGCGAGUUCCGCAUUUGCGGCGUUGAAACUGUCGACGCAUAUUUAUGGAAGAUCUACUAGAUCUCGAGGCUUCCUACGGCGCUUCUUCUCCUUUAGAAGGAGAAAAAAGGACAAUGGUAGCUCCUCCAGUUUACCAAUCGAGGAGAGAAAAGACCUAAUGACGAGCUCAAAGUCUUCAAUAAAAGACGAAGCGGUAGAGUCGCUGAUAAACGACGAAAAAGAAGAAAUCCCGCUGAGGAAAAAGUCAGAACCUUCGCGCUACUCCACCGCCUCCUCCAGUAGUUCCACGUGUCCAAUAUGCUUCGACACAAGCCCAGUGCAGCCAGAGGAAUGGCUACUGCAGUGCCACCCAACGCCCUGUAUCAACUGUUUGGUAUUUUACUGUCACCAACAAAUUGACGAAGGAAAACUGCCGACGUGUAUGUCUUGUCCUGAGCCCAUUCAUCCCUGCGACGCAAAGCGAAUUCUAGAGAGUAAAUAUUUUGAAAAAUACAACGAAAUAUCCGUCCGGCAUUACCUGCACAGAGACAGAGAUACGCGCUGGUGCCCAAAGCCCGAUUGUGGAUUCGCUUUGAUAGCAAAUGAUUUUGCGUCUUGUCCCAAAAUCAAUUGUCAGAGAAAGGGCUGCAACACUAGCUUCUGCUACCAUUGUCGAGGAAAUCUCAGAUCUUCACUAUCUUUCUCCGUCUGGAUGCACCUUCUGGGGAAAACAAAUCUGGAGCAAAAAGAAGAUUGUUUUCUGGCAAAUCGGAACACUUGUGCUUGCUCCCCGAUGAUCGGCCUCAUGGCUGGAGUAGCCAUUCCUGCCACAAUCGUCGGCGUUCCAAUUUGGACCGGUCGCCAAAUCCGCUCCGAGCUAAAGAAGAAAUCUGAAAUUUCCAAGGGCAAAAGAAGAGCACUGGUAGGACUAGGCUCCACUCUUGCCUUCCUCUUAUCGCCCCUUGUCGCUGGUGUCACUGUUGGUGUCGGUGUGCCAGUGAUAAUGAUGUAUGUCUACGGGGUGAUUCCGAUUACCCUUUGCCGAACAGGCGGCUGUGGAAUCCGAGUUCCAGGCAAUCGCGCCCUGCGCCUACUAAAUCGACACGACGCGCCCGCCCAACACAUUGAAGUUGCUGAGCCCGCUCCGCAAGCCCCAACAACCCAGCAGCAAUCAACAAGCCUUAAUACUUCUAAUUCGACGUGGGCUGAAACUACUUCUUCUGUCAAUCAAUCUGACGAUUUUUCCGUUUCUGCUCUUGAGCAUGGUAGUCCCUUCCCACCACACGCAGAUAUUUCUUCCGUUGUCGCUCUUGCUUCUUUUUGUUCUAAUUCUAUGAGCGAAUACGUUGUUCUUCAUGUCCAAGAUAACCACAAUAGUUCAAGUGCCUCUGUGAAAGUCAGCUCGAGUAAAACAGGUCCCGCGGUGGCACUCACUUCAGAAUCCACAGAAGGAACAAACUCCUCCACAACUCCGUCUCGUCCAAAUUCAGCCUCAGCUCCCAUUCAUCAGACGACCACUUCGUGA